AUGUAUGUUUCUGCGCUCGCCUUUGUAGUGUUCUAUCUUGGCAUCUCGAAACUGCACGACGCACAGGGUGAAACCAUUUCAAAUGGGAAAGAUGCAAAACAGAGCAGUACCUUUGGCUACUAUGUUGCUAACCAUGCUCUUAAUAUAGGUUAUUCACAUCUGGGAGCAAUAACAAACCCAGGCAACCCGUGCUGGUGGGAGGUGGACCUUAGGGGCUACUUCACAAUCAGCAACAUUACCCUCACAGCAGUAACCGACACGGCUAACUACUUGGAAAAAGCAUUCGUGGAGGUGAUGGACAAAUAUGUCAGCCUCUGCUCUGACGUCCAGGUGGUGUGGUGUGGAGAGGUACCUAACACUGUUGCUGCUCGUGAGAAGUUCACCUUCACCUGCAAUGUCACCUUCCCUGUCCGCUUUGUCCGUGUCACAAGGCGAUCCGCAAGUUCCGUACGUCUCAAAAUCGGACAUGUUGACGUGCAAGGGGAAGGGACUAUGAAGCCAUAUCGCUCAUACUACAAGCCGUCCAAGAACAAGAAGGUGUCCAAUCCGUUGCUGACCACGUCGGCCAUUACAGCCGGCGACUGCGGCAUCGUGUGUCACCAGCAUCAUUCAUGCAUCGACUUCAGCUACAGUGCAACAGCGCCGACUGAUGAGAACUAUCUGCUAACCGACAAAGCCUUGUCUUCACAUCACGUCAACGACAAUUCUUGGACAACCUACACCAUGUACUGUAUGUAAGAAUUCAACUAAAAAUACACUCUCCACCUCUUU